ACCUCGUCUCGAUCCCUCUCUUACUCUGCACUCUCCUCUUUGAGCUGGGAUAGUAUGGACUCUGCUCAACACAGCUGCGGAACACAUUUUCUUCACUUUUGGACUUUUUUUUUUCUUGGUUUUCUAUCCAGUUCUGUUUGACUCUAACAGAGAUUAUUUAAAAAAGAUGCAUUGUGGGAAAAAAUCUAGCUGAGUGAGCAGUGCACAGAGUCGAUCUGGGAAAAGGUGAGGUUGGAGGCUAAGCCGCUGAGAGAAACAGGUGGAGCAACCAACAUCAGAAACUUUAACACUUCAUCUUAUUUUACUGCUUAGAGGUCUUUUCUCAUCCCGCACUCCAGGACCGGGGGAGAGAAUAGACGUCUGAAUGCAUUUAUCACUGGAUACCAUGAGCAUGGUGGACGACAGCUGCCUCUCACCCAGCAAUUUCCAUGAGAUGGGAAAAUCUGGGAGCACCACUGUAGGGGGACGUGUCCACAGCAUUGAUGUCAUUUUAGGUUUCAGCAAAGACCAUGACCCCCUUCUAAGUUCCCCUGGGGUCCUGGGACCCCACCAUAAAGUGCACAUAGAGGGUCUGGCUGAGCCAGGGAAACAGCAGCAGGAGCCCCCAUCACACCCGUCCCACAGUGGCCAACUGGCCAGUCUGAGAAAUGGCAGCAUAGAGCAACAGUACCAUGACACCAACUUGUUCACAGAUAAAUGUGAUGAUGAAUUGAGUGAACUGAGGAAGAGCGUAGAAAGUAAUGAUGACAGGUCUUCAGAACCAGAGAAGGAUGACCAACCCAAGAAGAAACACAGGCGCAACCGCACCACCUUCACCACAUACCAGCUGCAUGAGCUAGAGCGAGCCUUCGAGAAGUCCCACUACCCAGACGUGUACAGCCGAGAAGAGCUGGCCAUGAAGGUGAAUUUGCCUGAAGUCCGUGUCCAGGUUUGGUUUCAGAACCGCAGAGCCAAAUGGCGCCGUCAGGAAAAAAUGGAUGCCAGCACAAUGAAGAUCCACGACCCCCCCAUGCUGUCCUUUAAUCGACCUGCACCUGUACACACCAGCAUGGGUCCGAUGACCAACUCCCUCCCCUUGGACCCCUGGCUGACCUCUCCUUUGUCCAGUGCCACUCCAGUCCACAGCAUACCAGGUUUUAUGGGUCCAUCUCAAGGCCUCCAGCCCAGCUACUCCACCCACACCUUCCUCAACUCCACACCUCAUCCUCAUCCAUCCAUGGGUCAGGGGAUGCAGAGUAUGGCCCCUCCUCCUUACCAGUGUCCAGCUCCGUACCCUGAUAAAUACCCUCUUGAGGAUGUACACCAACGCAGCUCUAGUAUCGCUGCUCUGAGAAUGAAAGCCAAGGAACACGUCCAGUCGAUGGACAAGACCUGGCAACCCAUGUGACUAGCAAACUUGGUGGCCCAUGUAAGUGGUAGCUGGAAAGAGCACUGAUCGGGCUGUUUCAUGGUUGAACUGUGUGGGGCAGAGUCGUAGAUUAUAAGAACAAUGCAAAGAAAAAGAUGGCGAGGACGUCUGUCACCUACCAUGUCAAUUAAUUUUCAAGUGUGCAAACUUCGGAUAUUAUGAUUUUUUUAAAGACUUUGUUUGUAUUUUUUUUUUUUUUGUCAUGUCAAGGACUUGAGCCAGAAAUGUGAAGCCUGAAUUGAAACAUAUAUUUAAAAUCUCAUUGCCAGACAUCUGUCUUCCUUGUAUGUAUGUAUUUGUAGGCUUUUUACAUGAAAUCUUGAAGUGUAGCUCAGGAGCUGCUAAUCACUACACUACCGCCUCUAUCCAUCAGUUUUAUUCCUAUGGCCUGCAGUACAUUACCUACUGAUAUGAUAUGUUUGACAGUUAAAACAAGCUGUCAACAUGACUUGCAUCCCAUAUCAGCUAUGGAAAAUAGAUAGGUUUUUUUUUUAAAUCUCUGGUGACAUCUUAUGUUAGAUAUUAGCAUGCAAUGAGGGCAGGCUAAAGAAUACCAUUUACUUUUAAUCAUAUUUGUAUGUACACAUUGAAAUUUGAUUGCAAGAUAAUUUAUGUUCCUGACUUUUUCUUCAUUGAUUUUAUUAAUCCAUUUUUUGUGGUUCAACUGAUGAGAGUCUCAGAGUGAAAUGAGAGAAAUGUCUAGUUUCAGUUCAGUGGGAAAACAGCUGUGACUGUUAAUGUAUGUAUUAUGAAUUUGCUCUUUUAUAAUUAUCUUCCCACUUGGUUUAUGUUGCAAUAUUCAGUGAAGUGUUUGCUUUAAAUACCCUGGUAUAACUAACUGGAAGACGGAAGAUCACAGCCAUAGUGAGGUCUACUACCAAGAUUAUUUUAACAACAUCUUUAAGGAAAAUUUGAACCAUCCAUAAAAAAAAUUAUCUUAGAAAUGGGAAAUGUUCUGACUGCUUUGUUUUAAUCAAAGCAGUCAGAGAUACAGUAUGAUGGCACAUUCUAAUUUGACCAGGACUGAGAACAUACCAAAAACAAUUAAUGCAUAGUUAAUAUCUUUUUCUGAGGUGAGCUGCGAUGCAUUAAACGUAAGAAAGGAAGUAAGUGAAAUCAACAACAACAACAAAAGGCUAGAGAGGGAAGUAAGCCUCUUUUUGCUUGAAUGAAUGUUGGAGUUGAAGACCUGUUGGCAGCUCAGUGUUGGGUGGCUGUGUGUACAUGCAGGGCGGUAGAAACAGCCCUAUGUGAUGCGUCACCCCACAUAGUUUAGUCUUUGUUCAGCACAACUGAUCCAAGUGUAUCCCCUUUGUCUGGGAAACGGUCUCAGACUGCACUAAAUAGGCCCUUGGAACCAUUUUGUCACAGAACUUUUUUUUUACCUUCUGUCUCAAUCAAAGGAGGGGAAACAUGAAUUGCCGCUGCUAUGGCCAUAAGUGACACAAUAUUGGUCUUCAACCAUCUGUUACAAAGUUGAAAGGUAAUCAAUGUUUAUGUUGCUUUCAAUUGAAAAAAUCUGUAUACAAGCUGGU